AUGCUUCUCAAACCCGCGACCCCUCUCACCAUCCUGCUGCUGGUCGCCUUUGCUCUCCUGCUCCUCGCGACCUUGUCAACGCCCAUUAUCAAAGGAAUUCCUCUGGGCACACAUGGUGGCGUCGACUAUGGUGUUUUUGGCUACUGUAAAGGCGAUCAAUGCACUAAUAUCCAUGUGGGAUACACAGCCAAUGACAUCUCAAACAUCGGUUCAGAUGUCGAUAUUCCCACCAGUACUCGACGCUCACUUUCGUCUAUCCUGAUCGUUCACCCCGUGGCCGCCUUGCUCACGCUCAUCUGCCUUUGCCUAGCCUUCGCCGCUCACUUCCACGGGCCGUCGCAUUCUCCGCGCUUCUUGCUCGCCUUGUUGAUCCUCUUACUUCCCACCCUUCUGGUCAGCUUGCUCGCUUUCCUUGUCGACAUUCUGCUCUUUGUUCCGCAUAUGCAAUGGGGUGGUUGGAUUGUACUGGCUGCGACGAUCAUUCUCGUUUCUUGUGGCGUGGUCACCUGUGCUAUGCGUCGGACCCUCGUUAGCCGCAAGGCGCGAAAGAAGCGCAUCGCGGAGAAUGCGGAAAUGAGUGGCGAGAACUAUUACAACCGUCAAAACGCUGCAGCCGCUGCUCUUGAUGAUCCCAAACCGGUCCCGUUGAAUGGAGAUACAAAAGAACCCGUGGUGUCGGGCUCUCCCACAUUCGAAUCCGGUCCGACGUUUGCCACAUUCCGCACCACAACUCGCGAAAGUGACGAUGACCGCACGCCUCUAAACUCGCACACGCCCCUCAAUGAAGUGCCAAUGCCCGAAUCUCAGUACCCCGCUCCAUACAGCGCAGCGCGUGAUGAAGCUGGCAACCCUCUUCCUCCAUCGGGCCCAUAUGCGCCUGCACCGAGAAUGCGAACAAAUCCGUCCGACCCCCGAUUGCGUAAUCAAUAUUCCGACGGUAGUAUGGGAUCCCGAAGAGGUGCACCACCGCCAGGUUUUGGUCCGCGCGGACGAGGUGGCUACCCCCCGCGAGGCGGUUAUGGCCGUGGAGGUCCUUACGGAGGACCUAGAGGACCACCUCCAAAUGGAAGAGGCGGACCCAUGGGUCCAAUGCGUGGAGGGCCACCCGGGAUGAUGGGUCGAGGACAGCGAGGCCCCCCAGCUCCCUAUGGCCCAGGACCUGCGGCGCAGAGUCACGGGUUUGACUUUUAUGGCGCAGGGCCGGGACUUGCACCGCGACCAACACCACCCCCUGCAGAUGAUGGCUACGAGCAGCGAGGCCCCUCACCAGUGGGCUUGCGCCAACCAUCUCCUGGUCCCAUUGGCAUGGCUGUGUCGCCAGACGCCCCAAUAGGUCAAGCCAUUGAAAUGACUCCUCAAAUUCGACGAGCUGGUUCUGUCGAGCCAGAGUCUCACAAUAUGCUUGGCGUGCAGCCGCAUGCCUUGUCUGCAGACGGGUAUUCGGAACCUGUGAGCCCUUCGAGUCUCUACAGCCGGACACCGUCCUAUAUCCCGGCGCGUGCUGGUUGGAAUGAUACACCACAUACCGCCCCGUCACCAUCGCCAGUCCAUGCUUACGGAUCGCCCGCUAUGGAUCGGAAACCGCAUCAUACUCGCUCUGGAUCCGACAAUUAUUAUGAAGAUGUGGAUCCUCGUUUUGCGGAUGAGAUGCAUGACAGAGUGCCGUCUCCCCGCUUGCCAUCCGCUUUGAUGCCGGGCCCUAUUGGUGAGCCUAAACCGAAGGAUUCUGUGGAUGAUGUACCGGAAGGCCCCAGCUCACCUACCUCUAGCGAGAUAAGCCAUUUCACCUCCAUUUCUGAGCGCCCAAUAAACCCACGCUGGCGCCCACCACCACCACGACCUAAUAUGGGUCAGCUGCGGACCAACGUACUUUUGGAGAAUAAUCCAGACUUUGAUCUGCAAGCCGGCAGGGGACGUGGUGGUGCUGGCACUGGCAUUGGGGGACGCAUGCCACCCAUGGCCGUACCUCGGGAACCUUCAAGAUACCCUAUACCAUGA